AUGGCGACAGGCACAGAUUUCCCUCUCCUUCGGAUCACUCUCUUUGGCGGCGGCUCGAGUGGAAAAACUUCGCUCAUCAACUCUUUCGUCAACAAUUACUGCAUUCCCAAUUCAACGUUUCCAACAGAAUGGCCAACACUGUUUUACAAAGUGUGUCGUAUUCCUGAAGAGGAAGGCGGCGGCGGCGGAGAUUCCUCUUUCCGCUCUGUGUGCCUCGAGUUGGAAGACACGUACGACGUCGGACGCACAGAUGAAGGACGAGACAUCCGCAAACACAUGACCAUGAAAAGACGAAUCAUGACAGUUGGGAAGGGAAUGACGGAUUUUACCCCCUUCAAUCUUUGGAAAGUUCCCAAGACACCGUCGAGCGCUCGCGAGCGUUUCUCUCCGAUCACUAAUGGACGCAUGGGAAUGAUCAUCGUCUUUGAUGUAAAUAGGAAAGCGACUCUCCACAAGGCGAUGGAAAUCUACGACUUGAUCGAAAGCGUUCGCGAAUACAAAAGGACGGUGCAACGCGUCCUAGGCGAAGCGGAGGUCUACGCGCAAACGAAAUUCAUUCGCUUCUGGAAAGUCUCGGCCACAAGCGGGAAGAACGUAAACAAAAUGUUUCAGGAGAUGGUGUAUCGCAUUCUAGGCUGCGUGAUGCUUUGGGACAUUGAGUACGAAGAGGAUUCUGAGUCGGAAGAGGAAGAGAGCUCAUGCGCCCUCAUGUGA